AUGCGCGUGGAGAAAUUCCCCCUUUCGCCGCCGAGUCUAGAGGAGCUGGCAGAGCGACUCAGAGCGCCUCUCGCCGCCAACUACGAGCACGCAUCCGUCAGUGUCGUCCGGUGCACCGACCUGCGAAAACCCCCCUUCCACUUGGCCGGCGAGGGCUUGUCGGGCGACGAGAAGAUCGCGGACGUCGGCGGACAGCCCAACCUUUUCCCCCGCCCCCGGCUGGACACUAUCUGGUCCAUACCCGACCUCGGCAGGCACAUGGAGAUGAGCCCCGAGAAAGGCAGCCUCAUCGGCGCCGGUGCCGGCCCAUUCCACGUCAUCGGGCAGAACACCGAGCUCGCGCCAAACCUCAGCUGGUCCGGCGGUAUCGACAAUGUCGACAAUCAGAGCCGGGUCAUCAAGAUCGAGCGCGGCACCGAGGCCGUCCGUGUCGACACGAGCCCCUCGGUGGACUGCGGGCUGAUGGUCAAUCUGUACGGGUCCCUGGGCGAGCCGGGACCGGUGCUCAAGAUUACGGCAAAAGGGCGAAAGGGGCCCGAGAAGAGCUUCACCGAGUGCAUCCGCAAAGGCCUGCAUGUGGCGUAUGGCAACGACAGGACCAUUAGCCUCGGCGGGGCUUUCGUGGUGAAAGCCGGAAAGGCGACGUAUCACAUUAUGCCCGAUUUCCCUCCAGAGGAGGAUCUUCCUUUCAAAAACAGAAAGGAGGUUGAAAAAUGGUUGACCUUUCACGACUUUGACUCGCCCAUCGUAGGCUUGUCUGUACUGAAUUCCGCGGAUCCAGACAACAAGAUGGGUUUGCGGAUAGAGCACACGCAUGCAUUUUCCCCGUCAGGAAAGAAUGCCGGGGGACAUUACCAUUACGAAGCUGAGGGAGAGGAAAAGACCAUUGAGUAUGAAGGCUACUUCAACACAGCAAAGACGAUCUAUCGGAUAGAUAGCCCUACCGCGUCAGGCUAG